UCUCCCUCUCUUCAACGAACCCUCCUCGCCAUGACAAGAUGACACGUCUAUACAUACAUUCGCCGUGAAGCUGCACAGUGCGUCUGGAAACGCUUCCUUGGCUCAAGUGGGGGGUGUUGUGGUCAGAAAUCCAGGGAGCAUUAAAGGAGUCUUCCGCCCUCCCCCCCUCGUGUAGCUGAAUCAUGUUUGCACGAUCCUCUUCCUGUGCAUACAUACGGUAAAAGCACCGGGAACUCAAUGACACAGUUAUCCAUUUUUGGAGCAGGAUCGCCGUUUGUAUUCGCACUUGAAACUGCUCCCACUCCCGAGCCAACCUGAACACAAACCACCGGGCGUUGUUGACUCAACUCACUGGCCGUCUUCGUCUUCAGCAUGCGUCAGAGGACACCACAUCGCAAGUCGCGGUUCGGCUGUAAAGAGUGCAAGCAGCGCCACGUCAAAUGCGACGAGAACCGGCCGGCGUGCGUCAACUGCACGACGGGCCAGAGACGGUGUUCGUUUCUCGACACCGAAUCGUCGAUGCCGUCGUCAGCCUCUGCCUUUCUCUACCAGUGUCCCAGCCCCGCCACAUCGAUUGGGGGGUCCUCGCCGAACACGGCGGGAGGAGGGCUGACGCCCGUGGAACCGGCGAGCUACCGUAGUGCUUAUCCGCCGACGGAGCCGUACGACUUUCGACACAUGGAGCUGCUCUACCACUUCGAGCACGGCCUGGGCGCCACCCAGGGCUUCGACGACGACCCGACGCGGGAGAAGUACCAGAAGAUGUCCCUGAAGCAGGCGAUCCGCACGCCCUACCUCAUGGACGAGCUCCUGGCCAUAGCGGCGGCCCACAAGAGCACCCUCCCCGGCGAGGACCAGGCCUUCUACCGGGGCGAGGCCACGCGGCUGCAGACCCGGGGCCUCGCGCAGUUCAACGCCACCAACACCGAGGUGUCCAACGACAACUUCCUGGCCGUGUUCCUUUACUCCACCUGGCUCAGCCAGCACGUGCUCUUCGACGCCUUCUCCUCAUCCUCCUCCUCCUCCUCUUCUGUCGGCCCCGCCGGCUUCUCCGAGACCCUGGACAAGCUGGUCCAUUGCAUGGGUCUCCACCGCGGGGUCCGGACCAUCGUCGGCGGCUCGUGGCACAAGCUCAAGGCCCACUUGGACGAGCACAUGGGGCCCGGCAGCCCUUUUGUGGACAGCAUCAUCAUCGGCCACGACAGGUUCGAGAUGGGCGACGAAUGCAGGGGGCUGUCGGAGCUCUUUGACCGUGACGGCGGCGGCGGCGGCGGCGGCGGCUGGAACGAGGCGUCGAGGGCCGCGCUGGCCGAGGCCGUCGAGCACCUGCAGCUCAUGUUCGACGUCCAGCGGAACACGGCCCUGACAGCGGGCCGCCGCAACAGCACGGUCAUCGAGUGGUCCAUCCGGGCGCCGACCGAGUACGUCGGCCUGCUGGACCAGCGGCGGCCCGAGGCGCUGGUCGUGCUCGCCUACUGGGGCGUGCUGCUGCACCGCGCCCGGGAGGCCUGGACCUUUGGCGACGCCGGGAGGACUCUCGUCCGGUCCGUGGCGGCCCAUCUCGGGUCGUACUGGAGCGAGUGGCUCGCGUGGCCGCAGGCGGAAGUAGGAAGCCCGGGCGAUUCGGCAUCAAGCCCGCGUCAUUACUGACCGACCCCCUCAGGCCUUGGGGGUUUUCUAAUAAUA